AUGCGCCACCCAGAGCCCUGCCCAUCCUCGGAUCCCAUCAACCCGAUCAGUCUUGUUAAGACCCAGAAGCUUGCGCGAGACCGAUAUCGAGCCUUGAGCUGGAGCCAGUUCCGAGUACCUUCUUCUGACAGUUUUAUACGAUUGGAUACCCGCGAUGAUACGCCCGCACACCCCUUGCCGGACGAGAACGAUGGAUUCACUGUCGUGCGCCAGUAUCUAUACGAUGUGCUCACCCACACAGGAUGGGGUAUAGGUUAUGAGUGCCCUGCAGCGAUAAGAGCAACGGUGGAAGGCUGGUAUGGGCACGGAGGGUAUUUCAAGGCGCAAUUGGCAGAGAGAAAUGGAUUGUUGGAUCUUUGUCCCAUGAAAGGAAAAGAUGGUGAAGGUGACGAAGUAUACUUCGAGGACCAACUGAGAGACAAAAUCAGGCAAUGUGUCAGAUACGAGAGCAACAUGCUAUUGUAUCGUGAGGAUGAGCUGGACGACGCGAUGUCUGAAGCAGAUACAUGCGUGGGCGAUAAUACUCCUGAUAUCAGUGUACAGGAACGGGGUUACCAGGAUCUCGAUGGAAGCGAAAGCAUAUACUCGGUAUUCCGACCGUCGAUCGAUCUCAACGAGGAUGCAAUGGCCAUUGCUCCCCAUGAAAACCAGGACGACGACCUCGACCCUUCAGCACCUCAUCUACACCGCAGCGACAGCGCAAGGUUUUUGGAAACAGUCGGAUCAAAGACACGGACCAGCAAAGACUUCGUAUCAUCCGACCCCGAGCCCAGAGUAAACGCGCCUUCCGAGAUCACGCAUGAACUCACAUUCCAGGUUCCUUCGCCAAAAGUAGAGCAAUCAAAGAAGAGGAAAGAACGAUCGCAUGAAAGUUCAAGAGCCCUGUAUGAGCUGGUUGCAGAACGCAAGUCAUCCAUUAGCCGUGCAGUGUGCAGUCAUUCGAACGCAACAAGGCCAGACUCGAAGUCUCAAGACCCACCGAAAAUAGAGCUACCUACCGCAUACAAGCACGCACGAUGUGGCGCCGUCGUACCCACCGAGAAGUCCAUACCUGUCGCACGGCACAGAAAUCACAGGAAAAGUGCGAAAGUCACCGAACGCCGGUUACGGAUGACCCACGACACAGCUUGCUCCGUUAGCUCCACACGCUACGAGACACUGCCAGAAAGUCAACCACCCGCGAUAAAGGGUCAGCAUCUCCUUGUCGAAGCUACCUCUGUAGCGAAGAGAGCGAUUGCCCUGAAUUUCUGUGUUGAUGAGGCGAAGCACUUGAACCAUCACGAGCGGAAUAAAGUGAGUCUCAUGUCUAGGAUGUUUGCGAAAGUGGGUGGGAAGAAAGCGUGA